AUGAGAGGUAGAAGACGUAGAACACUACCUUCAGGAUCAACAGAGGCCAACAAACUUCCAGAUCUCCCUGAAGAGAUAAUAAUCGAGAUCAUUGUUCGACUCCCUCGCAACUCAGUUGCUCGGAGCAAGUGUUUGUCCAAGCGUUGGUACACUCUCAUCUCGAACCCUGAUUUCCUCGCUCGUUUUCUAAGCCUCCAAAGUGAAAUGAAACCCCCUCUUGAAAAUGGCAUGAUUUUCACAGACUAUAACUCAGAAAAAUAUUCUUCGUUUACCGCAAUGUCCCAGCUUCCGAAAUCUGUGAAACACAGAUUGGGAAAGAGAGGGUCUUGCACAGUUCUGGCUACAUACAAUGACCUAGUUUUGUGCUUUCGUGAUCAUUACUACAACAUAUGCAAUCUACAUACCAUGCAAUGUGUUGCUCUUCCUCCAACUCUUCCACACCAUGAUGAACUUAAGAUUGCAGAAGUGGGAUUAAUCUGUGAACCCUACUAUAAAGAACAAAAUGGUAGUACGAGUAGAACUAUCAUCCUCAAUGAUGAGUAUAAGUGCCGUGUUGUGCUCAUUUAUGAAUUUUCAGGGUAUUCGAAAAAAAUCUGCAUAGACAUAUUUUUCUCUGAGACUGGUGAAUGGAGAGAAUAUGUUGUAAUCUGCCCCACAAGUGCUAGGGAAUAUUGCAGUAUUGACAAUGGUGCUGCGAAACGUUCUUACAAUAAUAGUGGAGGUCUUGCCUACAAUGGAAAGUUGUAUUGGUUAGGUGAAGCUGGCAUCAUGGAGUUGGAUCCCAUGGCAUGUGACAGUAAUACUAGCUCUAGAAAUCUCAUCGAUCGGGGUUGUCGUUUCAUUCAAUUUCAAACUUUCGGAAACCCUAUGUUGGGGAAGAGAUUCCUAGGUGUAUGCCGAGGGUGUAUGUGCCUCAUGUCGUGUCUUGAUAGAUACAACUUUGAAAUCUACAAGUUGGAAUCAGGAGAUGAUGAUCAGUUGGAUGGAGGCAAAUGGUGUUUUACACUUGCUACACAGUGGUGCAUGCCUCUCAACCGACGUACUGGGGCUCUUUGGGUACUAUCGUUGGACCCGUUUAUCGAGGACUGCUUCUAUUUGAUCUCCAUGUCUGGAUACUUUGGCAAGUGCUACAUGAGGACCGGAGUGAUCGAGUACAAUUCAGUGAAGCGAUGCCAUGGUUUUGGUUAUCGGGAUUCAUUUGGAGCCUUCCCAUUUGUGCUUCCGUGGUGGCCGACACCAGUUCCUCGAAUUAAACAUGACCCCAGACAACCAGCUGUUCAGAAUGGUAUUGACAUUCUGUGCAGUUUGUUACUGGAUCGAUCCAUAAUGGUUUGA